GCUGCAUGGGGCUUCUGCGUGGUCCGCUCUUCUGGCUGCUGCUCCUGCUCGCGGCUGCCUGCUCCGGGAUCCUCUUCGCCCUGUACUCCUCGGCAGUGGAGCGGUCCCUGGAGCCCCAUUCCGGAGUCAGGGAUACCACGUCAUCCCGAGCAUUCCUUCAACCCAAGUCAUCGAAUUCUAGGACAAGAAAGAGCCACCGCUGCCAACACCCACUUCACCUGGCCAUUCAGCGCCAUCCCCACUUCCGGAGUCUGUUUGAUCUCUCUAAGCCAGUGCUGUUGUGGUGGGGCCUCUUCACUCCAGAGCUCUGGGACCACCUGAGCCAGCACAAGGCCCCCUAUGGCUGGCAGGGGCUCUCUCAUCACGCUAUCAACUCCACCCUGAGCCUUCUAAAUGGAUCAGAUAGCGCAGAGCUGUUUGCCGCCUCCAGGGAGCCACCUCCAAACUGUAUCCGGUGUGCUGUAGUGGGUAACGGCGGCAUUCUGAACGGGUCCCGCCAGGGUGCAAACAUUGAUGCCCACAACUAUGUGUUCAGGCUCAAUGGCGCUGUGAUCAAAGGCUUCGAGCGUGAUGUGGGCACCAAGACUUCUUUCUAUGGUUUCACUGUGAACACCAUGAAGAACUCCCUCAUCUCCUACCAGAAUGCGGGCUUCACCUCUGUGCCGCAAGGACAGGACCUGCACUAUAUUUUCAUCCCCUCCAACCUCCGAGACUACGUGAUGCUGAGAUCAGCCAUCCUGGGUGUACCCAUCCCUGAAGGCCCUGAUAAAGGGGACAGGCCUCACACCUAUUUUGGACCAGAAGCCUCGGCCAGUAAAUUUAAGCUGCUACAUCCGGACUUCAUCGGCUACCUGACAGACAGGUUUUUAAAAUCAAAGUUGAUUAACACAAAUUUCGGAGACCUAUAUAUGCCUAGUACUGGGGCCCUCAUGCUGCUGACAGCUUUGCAUGCCUGUGACCAGGUCAGUGCCUAUGGAUUCAUCACAAGCAACUACAGGAAAUUUUCUGACCACUAUUUCGACCGAACAAAGAAGCCACUGAUAUUCUAUGCAAACCACGACCUAAUCCUGGAAGCCACCCUGUGGAGGGACCUACACAAAGCUGGCAUUCUUCAGCUAUACCAGCGCUGACCUUAAAGCACCAAGCCCUUUGCUUCUUGCCUUGGACCCCUCAAGUGGCCGAAAGCCUUUUUCUAACUUUCCAGCCCUCCCCCCCCAUUUCCCAACAAAAGGCACUGGGGGUAAUUUGUGACUGUUGCUAAGGCCUGCCCAAUGAAGGACACUCUACCCUAACCUCGGCUCAUCUGAGAAAACACCUCUCUGGGUCUGAGAUACACCCCAACCUUGGAAAGGGACUGCUUUGCUGCAUUUGUACCAAGUGACUUUAGGAGUGACUGAGGGCCUACUGGUUGAACAGGACAAAGCAGCAGGACAAGGAAACACACGAGCCCCAGACCGCUACUGUGUCACACCCCACACAAAGGCCAAAGCACUUCAACUUCAGGACAUCUCCUAAGAGCCUUUCUAAGAACAUGAUAGACUUCUGCCCCAUGAUAGGAGAAAAGGCAGAAUGUAAUUCAGUACUAGGUAACUGCAUAAACGAUGGACAACCAUUUUGUCUUCCUUUGUCCUGGGUAAAUCAUAUGCAUGCAAUGCGUGGUGUUUCAGAUGGAGACCCCUCCCUGAAUCCAAGAGCACUACUAGGGCCUUCCUGCCACUGAGGGAGACCUUAUUAGAGAUGUGUCACCAUCCAGUCACAACAGGAUGACAUUACUGGGUAACAAGUCAUCACUCUCACAUCAUGGCUUCAAUACAUUUGAAGUUAAAUAGCUGAUAGGUAGUUUCA